AUGGAAACCAAAGGAUACCACAGUCUCCCUGAAGGUCUAGAUAUGGAAAGACGGUGGAGUCAAGUUUCUCAGACAGAACGUUCUUCCCUGGGACCUACAGAGAGGACCGAUGAGAAUAACUACAUGGAGAUUGUCAACGUAAGCUGUGUUUCCGGUGCUAUUCCAAACAACAGUACUCAAGGAAGCAGCAAAGAAAAACACGAACUCCUCCCUUGCCUCCAGCAAGACAAUAAUCGACCUGGAGUUUUAACAUCUGAUAUUAAAACUGAGUUAGAAUCUAAGGAACUUUCCGCAACUGUCGCUGAGUCUAUGGGUUUAUACAUGGAUUCCAUACGAGAUGCUGACUAUGCCUAUGAUCAGCAGAAUCAACAAGGAAGUGUGAGUCCUGCGAAAAUUUAUCAAAAUGUUGAACAGUUGGUGAAAUUUUACAAAGAAAAUGGCCAUCGUCCUUCCACUCUCAGUGGCGUGAGCAGGCCCUUGAGAUCAUUUAUGUCUGACCCUGGGAGCUGUGCGAAUGGUGGAGUCAUGCGUGCCCUUGUGAAAAGCCCUAUCAUGGGUCCUGAGAAGAGCCCUUCUGUUUGCAGCCCUCUUAACAUGACCUCGUCAGUGUGUAGUCCUGUCGGAAUCAACUCUGUGUCCUCAACAACAGCCAGCUUCGGCAGUUUCACAGUGCACAGUCCCAUCACCCAGGGAACUCCUUUAACAUGCUCCCCUAACGUAGAAAACCGAGGCUCCAGGUCACACAGUCCUGCACAUGCUAGCAAUGUGGGAUCUCCCCUCUCAAGUCCUUUAAGUAGCAUGAAAUCCCCAAUUUCCAGCCCUCCGAGUCACUGCAGUGUGAAAUCUCCGGUAUCCAGUCCGAAUAAUGCCACUCUGCGAUCCUCUGUGUCUAGCCCUGCAAAUAUCAACAACUCAAGGUGCUCUGUUUCCAGCCCUUCCAACACAAACAACAGAUCCACGCUUUCCAGUCCAACAGCCAGUACUGUGGGAUCUAUCUGUAGCCCUGUAAACGGAGCCUUCAGCUACACCACUUCUGGCACCCCUGUUGGAUCCAGUGCAAGUCGGGAUGUCGUUCCUAGUCCAGACACACACGAGAAAGGUGCUGCAGAGGUUGCUUUUCCUAAGACUGAGGAAGUCGAGAAUGCCAUCUCAAAUGGUGUGGCUGGUCAGCUCAACAUUGUCCAGUAUAUAAAGCCAGAACCAGAUGGCGCUUUCAGCAGCUCAUGUCUAGGAGGAAAUAGCAAAAUAAAUUCGGAUUCCCCGUUUUCAUUACCAAUAAAACAAGAAUCCACCAAGCAUUCAUGUUCAGGUACCUCUUUUAAAGGGAAUCCAACAGUGAACCCAUUUCCAUUCAUGGAUGGCUCAUAUUUUUCCUUUAUGGAUGAUAAAGACUAUUAUUCACUAUCAGGAAUUUUAGGACCACCUGUGCCCGGCUUUGAUGGUAAUUGUGAAGGCGGCGGGUUCCCUAUGGGGAUUAAACAAGAACCAGAUGAUGGAAGCUAUUACCCAGAGGCCAGCAUCCCUUCAUCCGCCAUCGUUGGCGUGAAUUCUGGUGGACAGUCCUUUCACUACCGGAUUGGUGCUCAAGGAACAAUAUCUUUAUCGCGAUCUGCUAGAGACCAAUCUUUCCAACACCUGAGUUCAUUUCCUCCUGUCAGCACUUUAGUGGAGUCAUGGAAAUCACACGGUGAUUUGUCAGCAAGAAGAAGUGAUGGAUAUCCAGUCCUAGAAUACAUUCCAGAAAACGGAUCAAGUUCUACUUUACGAAGUGUUUCUACUGGAUCCUCAAGACCUUCCAAAAUAUGUUUGGUGUGUGGAGAUGAGGCUUCAGGAUGUCACUAUGGGGUAGUAACCUGUGGCAGCUGCAAAGUUUUCUUCAAAAGAGCUGUGGAAGGGCAACACAACUAUUUAUGUGCUGGAAGAAAUGAUUGCAUCAUUGAUAAGAUUCGACGGAAGAACUGUCCUGCCUGCAGACUUCAGAAAUGUCUUCAAGCUGGAAUGAAUUUAGGAGCUCGAAAGUCAAAGAAGUUGGGCAAGUUAAAAGGGAUUCAUGAGGAGCAGCCACAGCAGCAGCAGCAGCCGCCGCCACCCCCGCCACCCCAGAGUCCUGAGGAAGGAACCACCUACAUCGCUCCCGCAAAAGAGCCCUCAGUCAACACGGCACUGGUUCCUCAGCUCUCCACCAUCUCACGGGCACUCACGCCUUCGCCUGUUAUGAUCCUGGAAAACAUCGAGCCUGAAAUUGUGUAUGCAGGCUACGACAGCUCAAAACCAGACACAGCCGAAAACCUGCUCUCCACUCUGAACCGCUUAGCAGGCAAACAGAUGAUUCAAGUUGUGAAAUGGGCAAAGGUACUUCCAGGAUUUAAAAACUUGCCUCUUGAGGACCAAAUUACCCUAAUCCAGUAUUCUUGGAUGUGUCUAUCAUCAUUUGCCUUGAGCUGGAGAUCGUACAAACAUACGAACAGCCAAUUUCUCUAUUUUGCACCAGACCUAGUCUUUAAUGAAGAGAAGAUGCAUCAGUCGGCCAUGUAUGAGUUAUGCCAGGGGAUGCACCAAAUCAGCCUUCAGUUUGUUCGACUGCAGCUUACCUUUGAAGAAUACACCAUAAUGAAAGUUUUGCUGCUACUAAGCACAAUUCCAAAGGAUGGCCUCAAAAGCCAGGCUGCAUUUGAAGAAAUGAGGACAAAUUACAUCAAGGAACUAAGGAAGAUGGUAACUAAGUGUCCCAACAAUUCUGGGCAGAGCUGGCAGAGGUUCUACCAACUGACCAAGCUUCUGGAUUCCAUGCAUGACCUGGUGAGUGACUUACUGGAAUUCUGCUUCUACACUUUCCGCGAGUCCAAGGCCCUGAAGGUGGAGUUCCCGGCCAUGCUGGUGGAGAUCAUCAGCGACCAGCUGCCAAAGGUGGAAUCUGGGAACGCCAAGCCCCUUUACUUUCACAGGAAGUGA